GUGACGAUAGUAAUAGUGAUAAUGUUUGCUGGUAGUGAAACUGUGGUUAAUGCUUGUUUAGCUAAGUUAUAGAACACAAAGCUACAGUAUUUACAGAUGAAACUGAGCUGCAGCUGAAGCCCUGAACUGGUCGGUAAUUUUGCUACAUUUCGUGCUUCUUUUUAGACGGUUUUCCUCUUGCGUGCCCUUUCCCUUUCUGCGCCACCUGGCCGCUUCCUCUCCAUCCUCUCUGCUUCCUCUCCAUCCUCUCUGCUUCCUCUCCAUCUUCUCUGCGUCCUCUCAAUCCUCUCUGCUUCCUCUCAAUCCUCUCUGUGUCCUCUCCAUCCUCUCUGCUUCCUCUCCAUCCUCUCUGCUUCCUCUCCAUCCUCUCUGCUUCCUCUCAAUCCUCUCUGCUUCCUCUCCAUCCUCUCUGCUUCCUCUCCAUCCUCUCUGCUUCCUCUCCAUCCUCUCGGCUUCCUCUCUAUCCUCGCUCUGUGCAGUGAUGACUCUGUCUGAAAUUGUUCAGUGGAGCUGAGGAGAAUGCUAGCGUUAAAAGGUUCAUGGUUUAUUAUCGAUUAAUUAUCGAAUGUCGAAUUCAGAAAGGAUCAGUUGAGCACAUCGGACUCGCAAUAAUAUAAAAUAAUAACUAUUGCAUAAAUCAAUAAAUCAAUCAAUAAAUAAAUAAAUAAGUGUAUUAUUUUAAAUUAUUUUUUUAAACAGCAGGGCAGCGGGCCAAAUCAGUCAUCAGGCCACCGGAUAUUCUCCAGGUGCUCCCGAUGGCCAGUCCAGGCCUGAUAUGGAGAAAGAAAGAAAUGAACAGUUUGACCUUUUUCAGUGACGUAGUUAUGCAAAAAAAAUUGUAUAAAAUACCCAAGGAAAAGUAAGCACAUGUUUUGUGAAUUGUUAAAAAAAAAAAUAUUCUCAACAAAUCCAGUGAAGAUGUUUGCAUGUUUAGUACCAUACGGAUACCUAUGAUGAGAUAGUAAUGCCUAGAACUAAAGUUAAAGGAGUUUGGUUUUACGUCGAGUUUUGUUACUGUUAAGAGAAUAUCAGAAGGCUGAAUAUGCUAUUUUACAGUAGUGCAUCAGGAAAAUGUCUUGCAGUUCUCAAUCAUUAUGUAGGACUCUGUAGACUUUUGAUUUCUAUAGAAACAAAGUAGAGGGAUGUUAUCCAUGGACUUUUCUCUGAAGCAUACAAGAUUUAAGAGAUACAAAUUUAGCCAAUGACUGAACAAUGGGUUGGAAAGUUUGGAAUCUCUCAUUUGGAAACUGCAGUCCUAAUUUAUUUUCCAUUCAUCCAGCCAUCCAUCCAUCUUCUAUACCACUUAUCCUACUGGGUCGCAGGGAACCUGGAGCAUAUCCUGGGGAGCAUGGGGCACAAGGCAGGUGUACACAGUGGACAGGGUGCCAAUCCAUCGCAGGGCACAAUCACAUACACAUUUACACACCCAUUCAUACACUAUGGACACUUUGGACAUACCAAUCAGCCUACCAUGCAUGUCUUUGGACAGGGGAGGAAACCGGAGUACCCGGAGGAAACCCCCGCAGCAUGGGGAGAACAUGCAAACUCCUCACACACCGGGCCGUGGCGGGAAUCGAAACCCCAACCCUGGAGGUGUGAGGCGAACCAUUAAGCUACCAUGCGCCCUAAUUUAUAUUUAUUUGUAUUUUUUAAAAAUUAUAAAUAAAACACAUGCAUAAUGUUAAGUGCUACAGUUGCCCACAUGAUGUCACUAGCCUUCCACUCUACGUUAUUGCGUGCCUUUACUAGGCUCCGCCUUUCUCGAGGCAGGGCAAUCUCUCUGAUGGCCAGACUGCUUUGUUUAGAAUACGCCAUUGUGCUUAGCUGCUGUUUAAACGCGGACAACAUACAUUUUACAGCUACAACUACGGGAAUGGAUUUGUAUAUUUUUCUUGACAUCGCUAUUGUAUCGCAGUAAAAUGGCUGCAUCGGCGGGUCAAAGAUUUCAAUCAUGGAUAUGUUAUUCUCUACUGCUUAAUUUCUGGAGAUCUGUGAAUGGACAGAUUGUGUAUCACAUAUCAGAAGAAGCAACCCCAGGCACACCAGUCGGAAAUUUGGCUAAGGAAUUAAAUCUAAACGUACAGGACCUUGAGAGCCGAGGAUUCCAUAUUGUUACCGAAGCUUAUAGCAGGUAUUUUGAUCUUAAUCGGAAGACCGGUAUUCUCAGUGUUAAAGAAAUAUUGAAUAGAGAAGAGCUUUGUGAACACAACACGCACUGUUCUAUAGCGCUUGAAGCUGUCGCUAAGUCACCUCUGAAUAUUUAUAGGUUUGAAGUGAACGUUUUAGAUAUUAACGACAAUUCACCAGUAUUUCGACAGACAGAAUGGACGUUAAAUAUUUCAGAGUUAGCUUCUCCAGGGGAGAGAUUUGCAUUACCGAGCGCGUAUGAUGCAGACGUGGGAAGUAAUUCGGUAAAGAGCUACAAGCUGAGCCAAAAUGAACACUUUUCUCUGGAUGUACAUAGCGGAGAGCAGAGUGUAUCAGCAGAAUUAGUGCUACAGAAAGCUUUAGACAGAGAGAAACAGCCGGCGAUCCAACUCACACUGACCGCCGUGGAUGGAGGAAAACCUCCCAGAUCUGGAUCUAUUCCUGUUAUUAUAAAUGUGGUGGAUGUUAAUGAUAAUGUUCCGGUUUUCAGUAAAUCACUGUAUAAAGCUCGAGUUAACGAGAAUGCCUCACCGGGUACCUCCGUAAUUACUGUGCAUGCCAGUGAUCUGGAUGAAGGCGUUAACGGAGAAAUAACUUAUACGUUUGUAAACCACGACAGCGAUCAAAAUCUUAAUGCAUUCUCAAUAAAUCCGGAAACAGGCGAAAUUGUAGUGACGGGUGAUGUAGAUUAUGAAAAGAAAAAUGCGCUUGAACUUCGGGUACAGGCAAAGGACAAAGGUAAUAAUCCAAGAGCGGCAAUGUGCAAGAUUUUAGUAGAAAUCGUUGAUAUUAACGAUAACGUUCCGGAGAUAUCUGUGACCUCUUUAGUUGACAUUGUUAAGGAGGAUACACCGGUUGACACAAUGGUGGGAAUGAUAACUGUUAUCGAUAACGAUGCUGGUAAAAACGGUCAGGUAACACUGAAAAUUCUUGGAUCUGUCCCAUUUAAGAUUCAAAAGUCAUAUAAAAAUUAUUAUACAUUAGUUGUAAAUGGACCUCUCGACAGAGAAAGUUCGUCUAAGUAUAACAUCACUAUUACAGCUACUGAUGAAGGGACUCCACCGCUCUCCAGUACCGAUGUCAUUACUGUACACGUCUCUGAUGUGAAUGAUAAUGCGCCCCGCUUUACUGAGCCCACUAUUAAUGUGUAUGUAAAAGAGAACAGUCAGGUUGGAUCUGUUAUUUAUACAGUAUCUGCUUUUGACAAUGAUGUUGCAGACAAUGCUAGAAUAUCAUAUUCAUUACUGGAAGGCUUUAGAAAUGUUCCCGUAUCAUCCAUGGUAAACAUAAACCCUGACAGUGGAGAUAUUUACAGUUUGCAGUCAUUUAACUAUGAGGAAAUGAAAACAUUUCAGUUUAAAGUUCAGGCCACAGACUCUGGUGUUCCUCCACUGAGCAGUAACGUGACUGUGAAUGUUUUUAUCCUGGAUGAGAAUGACAACAGUCCCGUGAUUCUCGCUCCAUAUUCUGAUCAUGGAUCUGUUCACUCUGAGAACAUUCCCUAUUCUGCUGAAGCGGGCUACUUUGUGGCCAAGAUCAGAGCUGUAGACUCAGAUUCUGGAUAUAAUGCACUGCUUUCUUAUCACAUAUCUGAACCUAAAGGAAACAACCUCUUCCGGAUCGGAACCAGCAGUGGAGAGAUCAGGACUAAGAGGAGAAUGAGUGACAAUGACCUGAAAACUCACCCGCUGGUCAUUUUGGUUUCGGAUAACGGAGAGCCGUCACUGUCAGCUACUGUGUCUAUUGAUGUUGUGGUUGUUGAGAGCACAGGUGACAUUAAGACUCAAUUUAAACAUGCACCGAUAAAGGAGGACAGUUUCUCGGAUAUAAACAUGUAUUUGCUGAUCGCCAUUGUGUCAGUUUCAGUGAUAUUUUUACUGAGUCUGAUCAGUUUAAUAGCUGUAAAAUGCUGCAGGACAGAUGGCAGUUUCAGCAGAUACAGCGCCCCAGUGAUCACCACACAUCCUGAUGGAAGCUGGUCUUACUCCAAAUCUACACAGCAGUAUGAUGUGUGUUUUAGUUCUGAUACACUGAAAAGUGAUGUAGUGGUUUUUCCUGCACCAUUUCCACCUGCAGAUGCUGAAUUGAUCAGUAUAAAUGAAGGAGACACCUUUAACCGAACACAGACACUUCCUAAUAAAGAUAAGCCCAAGGCUCCCAAUGCAGACUGGAGAUAUUCAGCUUCUCUCAGAGCAGGAAUGCAAAGCUCAGUCCAUAUGGAGGAGUCAUCUGUGAUGCAGGGGGCUCAGGGCGUUCUGGUCCAGAAUUGGCCUACUGUCUCCAAUGCUCCAGAUAAUGAGGGUGGCGAGGUGUCUCCUCCUGUAGGCGCUGGUGUGGACAGUAACAGUUGGCAUUUUCGGUAUGGUCCAGGCCCUGGCAUGCCCCCUCAGCAUUUGAAGCCAGGCGAGGUCCCACCUGAAGCCUUCAUCAUCCCUGGCUCUCCUGCCAUCAUUUCUAUCAGACAGGGGCAGGAUGGUGAUGAUAAGAGCGACUUCAUCACUUUUGGCAAGAAAGAGGAGGCCAAGAAGAAGAAAAAGAAGAAGAAGGAAAAGGAAAAGAAAGACAAGAAGGAGAAAGGGAAAGAUGAUGAUGACUAGAAAUAAAACUCCUAAGUUUAUAUAUAAGACAGAGAUCUCAACGGGGGUCAUGAUAGAACUGAUUAAUAAGGUUAUGGGUGAGGAAUAUUAGAUCUUUUUUUGUGUGUACUUUCCUCGUUUUGAACUAAAACAAAUAUUUUAUGUUGAGUCAUGAUGUCUGACUUAACAUGAAGUCUUUAAUUAAGAUCUCCGAUAUUUCCAUGUCUCGCGCUAUCAAAAUUGGCCUUACAUAACUCAAUUCACUUUGAUAUUAUUGAUUCGUUUUCCUCCAUGCUCACAGUGCCUGACCACCCAAUUUUCUCAAAUGACAACAGUGAGAGAGAGAGACUGCUGUUGACACCUCUGUCUUAUUUAUCAUUUGAGUUCAGUUUUUUGAUCUCAGAAAGGAAGACAAAAUCAGAUUUAAGAAGGUUAAGAGCAGUACACCACGUCUGAUUACCAAGAGACUUGUCAAAAAAUAAAAUUAAAAAAAUAAAGAAGGCAAAAAGAUGAACAAGUUUUGAGGAGAAAAGGAUAAGCUUUGAGAGUGGUGAUGAGGUGUGUGCUGGUGUGAGUAUGGUGCCAACAGAGAGGUUGUGUGCCAUGUUUAAAGUAAAACUGGUUUCCUAUAAAGAGACAAUGUUAAACUAAUGCUUCUGCUUGCUCUGCUCUAUGUCUGUGUCUACACUAUGGAGACGUAUCUCAAAUCUAUAACGAACAUGUGGACACACUCACCUGACACCCAGCAGCAAAAUAAAAAAGAAAGAUAAAACAGUGGUGAAUGGUAAGAAGCAAGCACAUUAUGUUUACCAGCACUCUCUCCCAGUCAUUAUAAGCGCAUUAUCUGAAAAUCUAAAAUUUAACACUCACGCACAUGCUUGUACAGGGUCAAAGUUUAACACUCCACUAAUGAUAGCUCCCCUUUCAUUGUGCCUGUUUUUGUUUUCAAAGAUGCAGCUUUGCCACAAAAAGUCAAGUAUGUGAUUAAACACAGGGCAAAAAUGGAGGAACUAAAGUCUGGCAAAAGCUGAAAACUGCAAAGCAACAGAGGCUGGGUGCAUGUAGUGGUGACUGACCUACAGAAACAGUAAAGAAUGAUUACUGAAUAAAGGAAAACUAUGGGUAGUGUUGCUUAGAUGGGUAGCUGAUAUAGUUGUACAAUACAUGUAAAAAGAAAAAAAAACAGUGUUAGUGCUAAUGUACAAAACAUACAACCAUCUCCUGAAAACUUCAGUGAUCUCAAGCGUAUGCUUUGAAUGUUUGGUAUCGCUACCCUUGAGCUUGUUUUCUAUUAAACCUUAAACUCUGACCUUUAACCCUAUUUUUGUGCCUGCUUUCUCAUCUAAUAUGAGGAUGUGGUGUAUGGAUUUUGUCCUGUACAAAAUACCCUUGCCUUUCUGCUUGGAAGGCAAAGACAUGUUCAGCUAACUUAGAUAACAAAUUAGGCUGAUUCUUGAGUGUUGUUUUAGCAAAAAAAAAAAAAAAAAAUUUUUUAAGAUCUGUUUUUAUAAGCUUUAAUUGAUCUAUAUUGCAUUUGUACAGUACAUCUUUUGCUCUGUCUAUGAUUCUUUCUACCCUGGCUUCAUGCUCUGUUUUGUUUUGAAUGUUGAAUAGGUCAGCUCUAGUCAUUGUACUGCACCCAGUACACAGAACAUCACUCCUCUCUGUGUGUCAGUGUGUGUCACCAGUGAACAGUAAAAUGGCUGCUGGUCCUUGUAUUUCACUGCUUGUAUUUGUCAAGGGUAGAAUGAAGAAAACAGAAAGGAGAGUCAAGGCACGGUCAGGGGGUGGGGUUUAACCAGAGCAUGACAUGAUGUGAAUUGUCCAAAGUACUGAAUUGCCAGUUUUACCUAUUUGAAAUUCAGUUUUCCCUGUUGCUUUUGCAUUGGAAAUUGGACUGAGAAGGUUACUGAAUAAUUGCAGUACAAUGUCUAGGAAUAGACAGACUCCAUCCCAGACUCCAGUCUUUGCACUGAAAGCUUCAUGCUUCUGCUCCGUUGGAUCCCACUCCCUGUUUGUUUACACUGUACAACCUCAUGAUUUAUACUAAUGUCGCAAUGGCUCAGCUGUGACUGCUGCAUGACCUAACCAGAAGGAAACUCUUACUAUAUAGAUAUAUAUGAAUAUAGAUAUAGAUUGCUAUAAUUUUGUUAUUUUUGUUUAUGAUUUGUACCCAUUACAUGCACAAGAGAUUUGCGUAUGUAUUGUCUCUGCCAAGCCUUUGCAUAAUGAUAUUUUCCCAUCCACUCAGAGUGUACAUCUACCAUGUUACUAAGCCUUCUACUUAUUUGUAACUGCUUUACAGUGUGAUGCCCUAAAGCUCCUGCUCAAUCCUUACUGUUCUUAUGGUUUUAUUUUUGAGAAACUAAAGUGAAGAAAAAAAAACACAUUUGUGUAUGGCUUUGACAUACUGAUCUAACACUUUAUUAUUGUAACUAAAUGACUAUGUAUGACAAUAUCUCUUUUCCUUCACGUUUCUCUUUGAAGGAUAAAAAGCUUAAUGAAAAUGUCAAAAAAAAAAAAACUGAUGUAAAAUACAGUAUAUGUAGUGUAUGCUUGUACCUAGUGAGCGUUCAUACCAUCAUUAUUUUUCAGUGUCUGGUAGUGGUCAGUAGGUGGUAAAGCACUGUCCAAAUGGGCAAGGCUCAUCUGUUGUAUCUUUUGUACACCUGCUCAUCAAACUGUGACAGUGAAGUAGUAAAAUCCAUUUCUCUCUUUCUCUUUUUUUUUUAUUUCAUUUUGAUGAACAAGGUGGUACUGUGUUUUGUUUAAUAAAUCACCAAAAAAUGAAUAAACUUUUCUUUCCUAAUAAUGUGACAAA